GUAGAGAAUUUGAGAAUAGCCCAACUCAACAACACGAAAGGUCAUGGAGGUGACAUCUCAACCCGCUGCAUUUGGACCUCAAGAGUUUCAGACCGGAUUAAUGAGCUGCUGUGAAGACAUGAGCAUUUGUUGUUGUGGCCUUUUCUGUCUCCCAUGUAUGGGCUGCUCCAUUGCCAGUGACAUGAACGAGUGCUGCUUAUGUGGUUUAGGCAUGCCAAUGAGGAGUGUAUACAGAACUAAAUACAACAUACAGGGUUCGAUGUGUACUGACUUUUGUAUCGUUUACAACUGCAUGCCUUGUGCAGCCUGCCAGUUGAAGAGAGACAUCGAAAUUAGGAAGCGCUUAGGACAGUUCUGAGAAAACUUUUUUCAAAGAUUCAAAAGCAGUGAACAGAGUUGGUCUGCUUUUUAAAGGCAACAGAGAAAAAUGCUUUUAAGCAGUCUAUCUACAAUACACUAGUGUCUAAUAUCUAAAGACUAAGAUGUGGUAUAAGCAAAUAGAUACGCUAAUCAAACUUUAUGGCUUCAUUCAGUAUGAAAGUACAGGCUGUUGGUAUUAGACUGAUAACAGACAUCAUGUUUCUCAUAACAUCCAGCUGUAUUUUAUGAUAUAGGUGCAAUAAUGUAGAGAGCUAAUUAACAUGUUGGUUGCUGUGUUCUUGCAAUUAAUUUAUUACUAAUUUGCAUCAUGUCAAUGAAUGUCAGGUUCUUGGUAGUCAUUUAUUUAUAACAACAUUACUUUGUAAAUAUGCUUUUUUAUCAUUUGUAAAUGUAGUAAAGUUACUAGCUAUAAAGUCUUCCAAUGCAAAAAAUAAAACAGAAAUUUAAAAAUGUGCUUUUUUUUUUUUUUUUGAAGAGAUGAUUUAGCAUAAGCUCAUUGAUUCUAUGUGGAAAACCAUUAUAUACAGUAGGGAAUUAAAGUAUUGAACAUGUCAUGUUUUUCCUGGGAAUAAUAUUUCUAAAGGAGCUCUUGACAUGGAACUGAACCAGAUUUUGGUAGAAACCCAAACAAUACAAUCCCAAGUCAACGGCACCAUUAGAAAUAUGUUUUCUCAGAAAAAUGGUGAGAUGUUCAAUACUUUUUUCCGCCACUGCAUAGUGUUCAAUUCUGAUGUUUUAAAUUACAUUUCCAAUUCCAUCUUGCAACAUUCAUGAUCUCAUUGAUUUCAAUGACAACAAUUUCCGUAAAUCAAAAAUUAAACCCUUCCAGCCAUAGGCGCCAUUUUAUGAUUCAGACAUAUCAUUAACUCCCCUCAAUAAAAUUGAACACAGGCAGCAUAUCACUUAAUUUAUCAGAGCUGUUGAAAGCUCACAAUGUCCUUACAGCCUUUGUGUUAAAUCCUGAAAACAUCACAGUAGGAAGUAUAUGAACUAUAACAUUAUUAUGAAAGCCUUUGCAUUUUUUGAGGUUACCAGUAAUUUAGGGAACAAAACAAAUGAAAAUCCAUCAGUCACUCUAAAAAUAUGCUUGUUAUGUUGUUUGUAUAUUUGUUAAUAUAAAUCCAUUAUGAGACCAC